GGUCACAUGCAGCGGAAGAGACGCUUGUUCUCGGGCGGCGCUCGCCUCUCCGGCCUCCGUUCCUGGGAAGUUUGCGCGCGCGCGGUGGGGGAAGCCUCUUGUCUCGCUCUUGAAGGCGAGAGUCCUUCCCGGCUGCAGUUCUUGGCGUCGGGUGCGAGGAUGAGCGAGCAAGAGGAAGAAGCGUGAUCUACGGAGGAGAAGGAAAUGGGGUCUCCUGAAGCAGCUAAGAGGAUCCUCCCAGCGUGGAUGACAAAGAGGGUGACUGAGCCAGCACAGCAAGCAGGGAUGAAGCCAAAGAGAAGGAAGAAGGCAGCUUUGGCAAAGUUUGAGACUAUCUAUUGUAUGAAUGAAGCUGAGCUAGUAGAUGCAGCUCUUUGCAUUAUGGCCGAGAAUUGCAAGGCCAAGGAAGCCGAGAUGACUUCGUCAGAAGAUGAGUCCCAAGGGCCUCAGCAAGUGCUGGAAAAUCCUCUCUGCAGUUCAGUUAGUGGCAGCCACCAAGGCAGAAGAACCCCCAGUGUUGGAUCCAAACCCCUAAAUGAGUUAGAGGCUUUAGGCUGCAUUGAGAAGACCAAAUCUGAGGAGGAGGAGGAUGCCUUAAAAUAUGUCCGCGAGAUCUUCUUUACUUAACUUUAAACCAUGAGCAGAUAAUGCCUUAUUUGAGACACUGGCAAUUUGGACGCAUGAAGGUCAGAUGAUCUGUUGUCCAUCCCUGUUGUGUAAAGGAUUGCUAAGCUAAUGUUGGUGAAGCACUUUAAAAAAAAGUGUUUUUUUCAAAUGGGCACAGAACUGGUAGAUAAGAUAAAAUGUUUUUAAUCAGUCA